CAUUCUCUGUUCUCUUUCUCUUUUUCACACAAGAACAUAUUCUCACUUUCUUUCAUUCUUUCUCUCUCACUCCUUCACACACACACACACAACCACCACAUCUUACCCCCACUCCUUCUCUACGGUCAACUUUCACAUGCUCUCUCUAUCUCUCUCCCUUACACAUACACACACAUACACACACACACACAACUCCUCACCCACCGUUUCUCUACAACUACCUCACAAAUUUUCUUUCUCUACCGUUAUCUUUCACUGUCUGUCUUCUUUCUCCCCUACUCUCUCUCUCUCUCUCUCUCUCUCUCACACACAUAUACAUCUACAUAUACAAACAUCACAGAAACAUCAGAGCAAAAACCUCGGUGGCUUCUAAUUACUUCAGAUCUCGACGUCCUACAAUUGUCGUCUGCUUUUAUUUAAAAACAAAACCACGUUAAACAGAACACAAGAAUCAUUUACGAAAUGAAGAACUUUACAAUUAAUGACUCCAUGGGGAUUGACGACAAAUCUCGUAAGAAGCGCAAAAGAGCAAUAAUAUGUCUGGUUAUCUUCAUAAUCCUUAUUCUCUCGUUCGGUCUAGGGAUACUAGUUCACUACUUAUUAAAGGAUAAACCCCACCCGACUGAGGAGGAGGUCAAAGAUCUUGCAGCGUUAUUCCCAGUAAAAUACACCCUGGAACUUGAUCCUGAUAUGGACUCAGGCAUUAUGUAUGGUAACAUGGAGUUACUUAUGCGAUGUACCAACAGCAGUUCUAAGGUGGUGCUUGACAGUAUUGGAAUUUUUGUGGUUAAAGAGUCUGUGGUCAUUUCAGAAAUCAGUUCCAACCAAAUUUUGAAAUUUAUGAUCACCGAGGAAGACCAAACGCUUACUUUUCAACUUGUUAAUUCUACUUUUCGAGCUGGUUUUAAUUACACGAUUUCAUUGGAUUAUGAGGCAAACAUCAAUCACCAGUCUCAAGGAGUUUUCCAAACAGGACCAAAUUUUGUUGCCACUGUCUUUCAACGAAAUUCGGCGCCAGAGGCAUUCCCUUGUUUUGAUGAUCCGACAAUGAAGGCCAUCUUUCAAUUAACAAUCGUUCGAAGAGCUGACCUUAUAUCUCUCUCCAACACUGAGAGAAGCCACACAGAAGACAGGAAUCACAGCAUGGUGGCAGAUGUCUACAAGGAAACACCUAGAAUGCCUACAUACCUUGUAGCAUUUGUAAUUUGUGAUUAUAACUAUGUUGAGCAAGAAACGAAUAAUGGUUUGAAAAUUCGUUUUUAUUCCCCAAACCCAACAGAAGAUUUGAAAGCAUUUGCUAGUUUUACCAAGAAGUCUCUGGAAUUCUUCACAGAUUACUUUGACAUGAACUAUACACUGCCAAAAUUAGAUGUAGUGCCCGUGAACAUGUACCUUUUGGCUGGUAUGGAAAACUGGGGUCUCAUUCUGCUGUCAGAAUCUUUUCUGCCUGAUGUGAAGGAUGUAAUGAAGGUUAGCAUCAGUGAUGCUAGUGGAACCAGCAGCACCAUGCCAUUGGAACAACUUACAAAAAGUUUGAAACUGGUCUUGCAUGAAGUCAUUCAUCAGUGGAUUGGUAAUGUGGUGACCCCCAAUAACUGGAAGAACAACUGGUUAAUUGAAGGAUUGACUGAGUACCUCACCUUGCGUUAUAUCUGCAGACUUGACAACCAUUUCCUAAACAACAAAGAAGAUUUAGACUUCAUAAGAUUAAGGGCUAUGUUUGAUGUCCAUAUUGCUCCUGUCAGUGAAUUAGAUUUCAACCAAGAGAUCAACAUACAAGGGCCUUUGGUGUUUUUAAUUUUGGAAGACAUCGUUGGAGAAGAGAAACUGAAAGAAGGCAUCAGGAUAUUUUUGAAAAAAUAUAAAUUGGAAAAUGCCGGGGAAGAGGAAUUCUGGGAUUGCUUUGAAAAGUUUAUGGAGGGAAAAGAUCUAUCAGUGAAAGAAAUAAUGAAACGAUGGACAAGUCAAGAAAAUUACCCUCUUGUUACUGUGAGCUGGAAUAAUUCAGGACAAAAUGUAUAUGUCACGCAGAAGGCAUUUUCAUUUGUAGAAGAAGAUCAUGGUAAAUGGAUCAUUCCUUUCACUUUGUCCGAUUCUGAAAACAAGACUGAAAGACUUUUCUAUCUCAGACCUGAUACUAGUACAGACAUCUCUCUGAAUAAACCACGAUGGUUCAUAGCCAAUAGCCACGGCUUCUAUCGUGUCAACUAUGACACCACCAACUGGCAGAACCUCAUCCACCAGCUCAUGAAAGAUCACAAGGCCAUCAAGCCGGUCCAGAGAACCAAUCUUAUAUCUGAUUCAUGGGCCCUGGUCAAAUCCAAUAAGUUAGAUGUGAACAUCUUCCUGGGUCUUCUUGACUAUAUCAACAAAGAAACUGACUACUUACCCUGGAUGGCUUUCUUUGGGGUCACUUCUGAACUUUUCAGUUUCUCAAGCCAGUCUGAGAAUCUUCCCACCUAUAUGUAUUUCUUCCAAGAAAAGAUUAAAAAUAUUUACCAAAACGUGGCUUGGAUUGAUCACGGCUUGAGUUUGAACGACAGAAUGCUCCAGAAUGGUGUCAUCAAUGAGGCUUGCAGGAUGGAACAUCCUCCCUGUUUAUCUAAAGCCAAUCAUCUAUUCAAAAGAUGGAAGACGAAUCCUAAAGAAAACAAAAUCCCGACUCAAUUUUUGAGACAAGUCAUGUGUAUUGGUAUCAGACAAGGUGGCACCAGGGAUUGUCUGUUUGUCAAAGACCAAUUGAAGACACAGCCUGCUUCCAUUGCCAGUAGGAUGCAUUAUGCAAUAGGUUGCUCAAAAAAACCAUGGAUUCUUCAAGGCUACUUGAAUGAUAUAACUCACUCUGAUAACUUCGAUCUCCGUCUGCUAAUAACUGCUGUUGUACAUCUUACACGGAAUCCUUCCGGUGUGGCUAUUGUUAAGCGUUUCUUUGCUGACAAAUGUGCCACAAACACUUCAGUCUUCUUCAGUUCCAAUUAUACAUCAGUGCCAUGUCAGAAUGUAAUUAAAGCUGUGAAUACAGCAACAGAAAUUCAGCAUUUUGACAAUAUAAAUAUUGGUGACGCUGAUAGAAAACAAAUGAUAAAACAUCAAAUUAAGGACUCUUGGAGAAAGCAUAAUCUUGAUAAAGGAGUGGAGGGCAUCAAAGAACUGUCUUACAAGAAGAAGAAAACCUUAAGUGCCAAAAUGAGACUGCCCAAAGACCUGAUACCAAUGUCAUACGAUAUAAAAAUCCAACCAGAAAUUUAUGGUGGUAACGCAACAAAAUUCUACUUCCACGGGAGUGUUCAGAUGCACAUAAUAUCUCUAAAACCUGUUAGGACUAUUACUUUCCAUGCCGACAAUUUGGAAAUCUCAAACUUAACUGUACACACAAACAAUGAAAUGUCAUCCCGUGUUCCAAUUCUGUCCACAUCCAUUGAUACAGAAAAGCAGUUUUUUAACAUUCUUCUUGGAACAGAAAUUGCCGCCAAUACCAGUGUCACAGUGGAAUUAAACUUCAGAGGUAACCUGAAGAAACAGCUGAGUGGUCUCUACCUAAGUUCCUAUUACAAAAGAAGAGAAGUGGUAUAUUUGGCUACAACCCAGUUUGAACCAACGUCUGCCCGGAAAGCCUUCCCCUGUUUCGAUGAGCCCCAGAUGAAGGCCAAAUUCAAUGUGAAGAUUGUCAGAAAGAAGCAUUACAAGUCCAUAUCUAACACCAAUGUGAAGAGCAGUGUGGAACUGGAGGACGACUGGAUCGAAGACACGUACCACACAACCCCCAAAAUGUCCACCUACCUCCUUGCCUUCAUCGUGUGUGACUUCAAUUACACAUCACGAAUGAUUUCCAGCAACAAAACACUGGUUGGCGUUUGGGUGAGGGAAGAUUUUAUGAAUGAAACUAGCUGGGCUCUAGAACGAGCAACGACUGUGCUGGAAUUUUAUGCAGGCUAUUUUCAGUCCCCAUUUCCUUUGGAGAAACUCGAUCUGAUAGGUAUCCCAGAUUUCGCAGCUGGAGCCAUGGAGAACUGGGGCCUGAUAACUUACAGGGAGGUAGCACUACUCAAUGAUCCCGCAAUGAACUCAAUAUCUCAAUCUGAACGGGUCACAUUAGUGGUGGCUCAUGAGCUUGCACAUCAGUGGUUUGGAAAUUUGGUAACCAUGUGUUGGUGGAAUGAUCUUUGGCUCAACGAAGGAUUCGCAACUUAUAUUUCCUAUUUCGGAAUAGAACAUGCAUCAAGCAAUUCAAAAACAUUUGAUUAUUUUGUCAUUGACACCAUCCAUACAGCCCUGGAAUCGGAUGGUUCUUCAGCAUCUCAUCCACUGAAUGUUCCAAUUAAGAAUCGACAUGACAUUGUGUCUGCCUUUGAUGACAUCAGCUAUAACAAGGGAGCUUCCAUACUUCACAUGUUGCGAUUCUUUCUUGGAGACAAGAUUUUUCAAAAAGGUUUACAAGAAGCUGAGGUGCAAAACCAGACAAUUGAUAUCAGUACAACAAUGGCUGAAUGGAUCUCUGAGAAGAACUACCCAGUCGUCUUCGUCCACUGGAACAAUUCUGAACUGAUCCUGUCCCAGAAGAUAUUCCUUUAUGAUGACAGUCUCUCCAGUUGCAGUAAAACAUCCAGGGAUGUCGUCUGGAAAGUUCCAUUUACUUAUACGACUGACCAGGAAAAGGAGUUUGAUAAAACAUCUGAGGAUGUGGUUUGGCUAAACUCAAAAACAAUGACAUUAAAUGUGACCAAGAAACGUCAAAGUAAUCAAUCAUGGGUGAUGGGAAAUUUGAAGCAAUUUGGAUUUUACCGCGUGAACUAUGACCUCUCCAACUGGGAAGCCCUGAUCAACCAGCUCAAAACUAACCACACAGUAAUUCCAGCCAUCAGCCGUGCUCAACUGAUCAAUGAUGCAUGGAGUUUAGCCAAAGCUGGUAUGCUGUCGAAGGAAAUGCCAUUUAAAUUGCUGGAAUAUCUGGAACACGAGAAAGACGACAUCCCUUUGAAUGCAAUUGUCACUGAAACUGACUUUCUUAGGAAUCUUUUGAGAAAGAAACCAAUCUUUGGAUUAUUUGAGGAUUUCAUGAGAAGCAAGUUGAAAGACACCUAUCAUCGCUUUCGAUUCAGCGACAAUAAAGUUUUCGUAACAGCGUUCGUAACUGCAUGUGAAUAUGGACUUCCAGAAUGCAUAAAAGAUGCCAAAAAAUACUUUGGUGACUGGAAGAAGAAAAUCAAUAGCAGACAGCCAAAUCCUAUAAUUGUAGCUGAUAUCCGAACCACCUGCUACUGUGUUGGUAUCCACUUUGGCACAAAGGAAGACUGGAACGCGGUCUACCAAAACUAUCUCCAAGUCCUUGAUGUUGCUGAGAAGACGCGUUUGCUCUACUCCUUGUCCUGCACUACACAGCUUUGGCUGCUAGAAAAAUUCUUAUUAACAGCAAUGAAAGGUGAAGAAAUCCGUGCCCAAGAUUUCAAUACUGUUAUUAGUGGCAUCAGUUCAAACCCCAUUGGGGCAGAUAUUAUCUGGAAAUACGUAAAACAAGACUGGGAAAAGAUCAGAAAACAGUAAGCUCCUCACAUCUCUCUCUCUCUCGUUGUCUUGU